AUGUUCGACCAGGGUUUCCCCCUGCUGAUCACCGAAAUCGCGGCGGCCAUGGGUUUGGGAACCCUCCAGACCGCCGCCAUAUUCGCCGUCCGUCAGGGCGGCUCUAGCGCAACCAGCCUCGGGGGCGGACCCUUCAUCGACCACCUCAAGUCCUACUGGGGCCUGAUCCUGACCGCGUGCAUGCUGGGUCACGCCGUAACCUUCGCCGCCAUCGGCGGCUCCCCAACCUUUGCGCUGCUCGUGGUGGUCGUAUUCUUCCUGUCCAUUCCCGGAUCCCUGUGGCACCUCCCGUCCGCAGCGGCUAUCUCCCAGCGUUUCCCUGACCGUCGCGGCUUCGCGAUUUCCAUGCAUGGGUUUGGUUCCAACCUCGGCAACGUCAGCGGACCCGUGAUCGCCGGGGCGUUGCUGGGGGCAAGUUUCAUCAUCUGGCGGCACGUCUUUUUCAUCUACGCCGGCCUUGCCGUGUUCAUGUCCUUCUUCGUGUGGUGGUCAUUGCGCGGUCUGGGACGGGAGGACGACUCGCCCCGUACCAGGAGCCUGGGCGAUCAGUUCGUCAGCGCGGCCGCGCUCCUCAAGAACCCCGUUGUCAUGGCCCUCAUUUUCGCCGCUCUCCUCCGCGGCAUCGGCCUGAACGCGCUGUUCAACUGGACCCCGUUCUACCUCCGGGAAACCCUGGACAUGAGCGUCCUGCAGGCUGGCGUCUAUUACGCCCUGCUCACCGGAAUGGGCAUCGUGUCGGCGCCGCUCCUGGGCUGGCUGUCCGACAAAUGGGGACGCAAGGCGGUUUUGGUCCCCGGGUUCGUCGUCGCUGCCCUGCUGUCUCUCGCCGUGGUGAGCGUCGGUUCCAGCCUGCUCCUGAUCCCCGUCAUGGCCGGUCUUGGCCUCUUCAGCUUCGCCCUCCACCAGAUCAUCCAGGCCUCGGUGCUGGACUACGUCGGCCAGGGCACCGAGGCCACCGCCAUCGGUCUGCUCUUCGGCAUCAACGGUGUCAUCGGUAUCGGCUCGCCCUUCCUCGCCUCGGCCAUCAUCGAACAUUGGGGCGGCUACGGCACUGUGUACUACUACGCCGGCAUCCUUACCCUCAUCACGGCCGUCAUCAUCCUGAUGAUCCCCCUGCGCAACCCCAACGCCGUCAACCCGGCCGGCUCCUAG